AAGUCCAUCAGACUUUGCUGAAGUAUUUGGAGAUUGUGAUGCAUCUCCUGAGGUAAGAACAUCAAACAUUCGAUCAAUUAUUGUAUUUGAAAAAAAGGGUUUCAGUAAGAAUUACGGUGGAUUCUUUUCCACAUCACCAACUGAAAUCAGUGGUAGAUUUUGUGCUCACUAUAGUUGUCAUCUGUUGCCUUUGGGGCGGUCUUCACAGCUAUGUUGGUACUUGGACACACUUCAAGAAAUAAUUGUUUUUGAGCGUUUAAUAUCUUGCUAUGAGACAUUUGUCAUUCACUUAAUACUUCUAAAAGGUGUAGUUAUUGCCACCAAACAGGAAUAAAAGAUUAGACAAAUAUGACCUUUUAACAAUUAAAAAAUCUCUAUUGUUGAUAUUUUUUUACAUUUGUUUUUUAAGUUGGUCUUGCUUUUAUUGGUUGUUUUUUUUAGGUAAGAGUGACCAGAUUGAGUCUUUAUUUUCAUAGAAAAUAUGGGAUACCUUGUAAAUCCUAGUAUGGCCUUGGUAUUCUCCAUCAUGACAUUUGUUUUUUUAUCUUCUUCCUUCUUCCUCUACCGUACAACUACAUGCAAUUCAGUUUGAUGAAUCUUUUCUUGUAACAAAUCUGCAGUUUUUUAAAAUCUAUUUUUUAUAUAAUCAGAUUUACAUUUCCUCUUUCCUAUUUACCUACUCUAAUCAGUUUGCUGUUUUUUUUAAAGCAAUAGUUUUUAUUUUCUCAAUUCAACAGCUGCUGCAUUUUGGAGUAAAGUGUAGCUCUCUGUCCAAGUUGUUGGAUUUUGUAAAUGAGUAGCCUUUGCAAGAGUUCAUUGGUUUUGAACAAAGUGAUGAUAAUCCUUCAGUUCAAUCAAGUGCUGUUCUUGUUGUGCCCUUAAUAUCUUUAAUAUCUUGUACAUUUUCCCUUGUUUAUCUCUUGCUGGUAUUUAGCUGUCACUUUAAGAGUAGGUUGUCAUAUCAGUGAAAGCUAAACGUUAUAUCUUACGUGAAGACAAGGAUAUAAAUGAUCACUUUCGUUUUUCCACACCCAAGAAGCAGUGCUUAAUAUGACCUGCUGUUCUCUUAGACGUGCCCUUUACGCUUGAUCCUCUUAACAAGUCUUAAGACAUCAUUUCAUUAUCUGAUUUCCCUUGAACGUGCAUAAUGAAUGCUCUUUAUAGGCAGUUAUUUGUAAGGCUUGUACAGAUUUGCUGCGAAUUGAACAAUGCAAUUUCUAGAGGAGACUCGCGAUGUCGCUAUCCACCAGCUGUAAUAGAUUGUGUGUCGAUAUCAACCCACUUUCGUCGACGCACAAUUUGACUAAAUGUGCUGCAGUUGAUCGUCUAGUGAGGAAGAGACGUGGUCUUGGAUUGUGUUGAUUUUGGUGUAAAUCCUGAUUUUUUUUUUGGCUAUUCCUGUGCACUGACUAGGGAACAUUCGCUGUUUUAGGUCGUCGUCAUGAAGACUACUGAGCUCACAUUGCAAAGCUGUGCCUUGGCUUUACUGCUCCUUUCUUUGCAGUUUGUAAAUGGAGAUGUAAGCUACUCUUUUCCGGAGGAGAUGAGACGUGGAUCCUUGAUCGGUAAUAUCGCCAAAGACUUGGGUCUUGAAACAAGCAGUCUAUUCGCUCGAAAAGCCCGCAUUGAUACCGAGGGGAGCGACACACGUUAUUGUGACUUAAACCUCAGCAACGGGGAUCUGACUGUUGUUCAACGGAUUGACAGAGAGGGCCUUUGUGGAGACAAAGCAUCAUGCGUUUUAAAACAAGAACUCAUGUUAGAGAAUCCAUUAGAAUUACAUCGAAUUAGCCUGCAUGUCCAGGACAUAAAUGAUAACUCUCCACAGUUUAAUAACGAUCUGAUUCAUAUAGAUAUCAGUGAAUCCGCGGUAAAAGGUGCUCGCUUUCCAAUAGAAGAAGGACAUGAUGCGGAUGUAGGCAAAUAUUCAGUUCAGACGUACAACCUCCAAAGCAAUGAUAAUUUUAUUCUGGGCGUUGGAAGUAAUUCUGUGGAACUUGUCCUGAACAAAGAGCUAGACCGCGAACAGUUAAAAGAAAUCAAUCUUGUUCUUACAGCUCUAGAUGGAGGCUCUCAUCAGAGAUCAGGUACUGUAGUCAUACACGUGACUGUACUGGAUGCUAAUGAUAACGUGCCAGUGUUUAGCCAGACCGUUUAUAAAGCCAGUCUGCCUGAAAACUCUCCACUAGGUGCUGUCGUGCUGACAGUGAGUGCUACUGAUGCAGAUGAGGGACUAAAUGGAGACAUUAUAUAUGAUUUUGGACACAUUUCAGAAGAUAUUAAGUCAAUGUUUGCGAUAGAUCAUAAGACAGGUGAUAUACAAUUAAUGACGACAGUUGAUUUUGAAACAGCGUCAUCGUUUGAACUGCGCGUCACAGCAAAAGAUGGUUUGGGUAUAACGUCAUAUGCCAAAGUCAUCAUAGAUGUUACCGAUGUAAAUGACAAUGCCCCGGUUAUUUAUCUGAAAUCACUCGCCAAUCCCAUACCUGAGAACGUGUCACCUGGUACAGAGGUGGGCAUC